AUGGCAGGCAUGUUCAAGAACAUGCAAUUGCCGUUCAGGCAAAAGCAGCAGGAAGAUGCGGAAGGAGCAGAAGAAGAGGAGGGAGAGAGUCUCACCACGAUCCUCACGACCUCUGAAGAUAGGUCAUCCCUCACGAUCUUGGUCGCCGACUGCACGGAGGUCAUGCGGCAGGAUGUGAUUGAUGUAUUCGAUGCGAAGAAGACGGGGAAGAAGGUUGAUCUCAAGGGCGAUCUGAAAGGGGAUGAAGCACUGGUGGACACAGACGUAGAUCCUGGGACGGUCGACGUUGGAGAGCAGGAUAAGCUGAAGAAGCAGCUGGAGCAGAGAGAGAAGGAGCUGAACUCGCAGAAGUUCCAGGACCUCAAGUCGGACGCGCUGAAGCACUUUGACGAAUGGCGGACAAGCGUCAUCCAGAGGGUCGGCGAGGUCGUCAAUACAAGGGAAGAGGCUGCGCGGGAAACGAAGCAAGCAAAGCCAAAGAAAGACGAAACAACACCCGAGCGGGCCUCUCCGCCAAUGCGAUUCCCAGAGCCAGCGGAAUAUGACGAUGGCGUUGACCAGGCAAUUGGCGAGCUGUAUGCACCUGUGGAUAACCCGCUGAAGAAGCUGGCGCAAGAGAAGAAAGUACUGAUCCUGCACUCCAUGCUACUUUUACUGCUGAGCCUGGAAAAGUACCAUGCUCAAUCAAGGGUUCUACUACUGCAUCUGACUACCAGUCUCGGACUUUCCAUCAAAUACCUCGGCCAUGAUGAGAGCAAGGUUGCCAGAGGUCUGCUUUCGGCAGCAGAGAACCUCAAGGCUGACGAAGAGACCAAGAAGAGGGCUGAGGAGAAUAAGGACUCGAGGAAAUGGAAGGUCGGUCUGGCGACUGUGGCCGGCGCAGCAUUGAUCGGAGUCACCGGUGGACUUGCUGCUCCUCUGCUGGCUGCUGGCGUAGGUUCAGUCAUGGGUGGCUUGGGUUUAGGUGCCACGGCCGCAGCAGGCUAUCUUGGAACGUUAGCCGGCAGCACGGUGUUGGUAGGAGGACUCUUUGGAGCCUACGGUGGGCGAAUGACUGGCAAGAUGAUGGACCAGUACGCGCGCGAGGUUGAAGACUUCGGCUUCGUGCCCGUCAGAUCAGCCCACAAGCCGCGAAAGAUCGAGAAGGAGUUCCGGCGACUGCGUGUAGGCAUUGGCAUUUCCGGGUGGCUCUCAAAUCAAGACGAUGUCGUCGAGCCAUGGAAGGUCUACGGCGUGGAGAUUGAAAGCUUUGCUUUAAGGUGGGAACUUGAGGCUCUCAUGAAUCUUGGUAACGGCCUGGAGACGAUGAUCAAAAGCGCUGCAUGGGGUCUUGCGAAGCGUGAGAUCAUCAGCCACACCGUGUUCGCAGCACUGUCCGCCGGUCUUUGGCCUCUUGCUCUCGUCAAGGUCUCACGGAUCAUCGAAAACCCAUGGAGCGUGGCCUCUUACCGUGCACAGAAAGCUGGAGAAGUAUUGGCCGAUGCGAUCAUCAACAAGGCUCAGGGCGAGCGCCCAGUCACUCUGGUCGGCUACAGUCUUGGAGCCAAAGUCAUUUACACUUGCAUGCAGCGACUCGCAGAGCGAAGAGCAUUCGGGCUUAUCGAGUCUGUCGUUCUAAUCGGCUCACCGACUCCUUCAGAUGAGUCUGACUGGCGCCUGGUCCGAAGUGUGGUUGCUGGCCGGGUGGUGAAUGUGUACAGCACUAAAGACUACCUACUCGGCUUCUUAUACAGGGGCAGCAGCAUCCAGUACGGAGUCGCUGGUUUGCAGGCAAUCGAGAACGUGAAGGGCGUGGAGAACUACGAUGUCACCAGCAUGGUGAAUGGUCACACGUCCUACCGAUACCUCACUGGUGAGAUCCUCAGGAGGAUAGGCUUUGAAGAUGUCGACAAGGAGGAGCUCGAAAAGGAAAAGAAGGCUCUGCGGGAGAAGGAAGAGAAAGAAGCCAAGGAGCGAGACGAAAGCGAGAAGAAGGAACAGUCAGAAGGCACUGCCGAUCCAAGCACUGGUGUCAGCGAUCAGCAUGUCCAAGAUCUCGAGAAGGAAGUCGAGAAGAAAAACGAGCAGUCGUACGUCGGUUGGGCUCAAGAGAAGAUGGUCGGCGCAGGCACUUCGGCGUCUGUUGCCUACGAGAAAGCAAAGGCACAGUGGUCGAUGCGCAGGCAGGGUGCUGGUGGUCAAGCUGCGGCUGAUGCUACUAAGCAAGCAGACAGUGCCACUUCUGAUGUAAGCAAAGAUGCAGAAUCUGCUGGAGUCGAUACGCCGAAUGCUGGAGAUGCUGCGUACCAAAGUAUGCGGGCCAAGUCAAUUGCGAGAAAAGAAGUUCCGCAGGGGUCGCCAUCAGGAACGUCCCCGGCAUCAUGA